AGCUGGCGCUCAGCCUCCAGAGCACCGGACUGGCAUUGACACUGGCACACGCUAUGACAAAUGAAGUGCAAGUCCUGCUCUCCCCGCUGAAAGGGGGGCAUCCUCCUGCAGUAAAAGCCGGAGGAAUGCGAAUUUCCAAAAAACAAGAAAUUGGCGUCUUGGACAGACACACCAAAAAAACGGGAUUAGAGAAAACAAGCGCCAUUGCAAAUAUUGCCAAACUGCAGGCAAUGGAUACCCUGAACGACACACUGGAGAAGCUCAGCCAUAAAUUUCCAGCAGCAGUGCAUAUGGCACAUCAAAAACCCAGACCUGCUCUGGAGAAGGUCACUCCACUGAAAAGGAUCCACAUUAUUCAGCAGCCUCGGAAAUGUUAAGCUGGGACGUAAAACACAGCCGUCUGGCCAACUGCCUCAAACAUCCGACAGCUUAGCAAAAGGACCAAAACUUUCCAUAGGUCUAGUGCACUUGCUUGGUAAAUAAAACAGCUUUUGUAUCUUCUCUUUUUACUUUAGAUAAUAAAGCAUCCAAAGUUAUAAAUCCAGUGCCUUCCUGGGCCUCCUUUUGAUGCAGGUCAGGAGCCCACUGAAGUUUACACAUGUAAUUCUGUUGAAUGAGUGGAGAAUCCAGAAUACUUGACUAUUCCACUCCACCUCUCAGGAUAAGUCUUUCUCUCCUUGAUGCUGACCCUGAGCUGUUCCACCCACAGUGAGUUCUUCCUAAAGGACAAAUUAGUACAAAGGCUGUAUAAAGGCCAAACUCUAUGCAAACAUGAGGAGUGAGUCUUCUCCAUAUGUUUAUCUUAAGAUCCUCAAGUUUUCCUUUGAGGUAAAAUGUCAUUUCCAGUUCCCCGCAUAAAUACUUAGUUUGUUUUGAAGGCUUGGUGAGGGAAAAUGAAAAUUUUAGAUUUGUUACAAACAUACUCUCCUCUGCAAAGCAAUCAAGGGUGGAAGGUAGAAUUAGAGUUUCCAUUGGAGAUUUGCUCAGGGUUGCCCACAAAGUUCAUCUGUAGAACCUAGGGGGUCACAACGCUACAGGGCAUUGUGGUUGGGGUAUAGAUGUUGAUUUUAAUUGGAGGUAGGAGUAGGAGAGAAAGUAUUGUCAUAGCUAACCCUGCUCUAGCUCUCCUACCCUCCACAGCUCUCUCUCUCUCUCCCCCUCUCUCUCCCUCUCUCCCCCACUCCAUAUACUCACGUGUGAAUAGCCAAGGCUGUCUUCAGGUGAUAGUAGGGACCACCAGGUUCUUUUUUCACAAAGGUUAUCUGUCAGGGGCGCCUGGGUGGCUCAGUCGGUUGAGCAUCCGACUUCAGCUCAGGUCACGAUCUCGCGGUCCAUGAGUUCGAGCCCCGCAUCGGGCUCU